AUGGAGAAGAUGUCUCGGGUUACCACAGCCCUUAGCAGCAGCACCAUCAGUGGCAAGACAAUGUUCUGCCACUUGGAUGCUCCUGCCAAUGCUAUCAGCGUGUGCCGUGACGCCACACAGGUGGUUGUGGCUGGCCGCAACAUCUUCAAAAUCUACAGCCUAGAGGAGGAGCAGUUUGUAGAGAAGCUAAAUCUCAGAGUUGGCCGCAAACCAUCUCUAAACUUCAGCUGCGCAGAUGUCAUGUGGCACCAGAUGGAGGAGAACUUGCUGGCCACUGCGGCCACCAACGGGGCCGUGGUAACCUGGAACUUAGGGAAACCCUCUCGCAACAAGCAAGACCAACUGUUUACUGAACACAAACGUACUGUCAACAAAGUGUGCUUCCAUCCUACUGAGGUUUAUAUGCUGCUUAGUGGCUCGCAAGAUGGAUUCAUGAAGUGUUUUGACCUGCGCAAGAAGGAGUCUGUCAGCACUUUCUCAGGUCAGUCAGAGAGUGUAAGAGAUGUCCAGUUCAGCAUGAAGGAUUAUUUUACAUUUGCUGCAUCGUUUGAGAAUGGGAAUGUCCAGCUGUGGGACAUCAGGCGACCCGACCGUUAUGAGCGUAUGUUCACCGCCCACACUGGCCCUGUGUUCUGCUGUGACUGGCAUCCUGAUGACAGGGGAUGGCUGGCAACAGGAGGCAGGGACAAGAUGGUCAAGGUGUGGGACAUGACCACUAACAGGGCCAAGGAGAUCUACUGUGUCCAGACUAUUGCCUCUGUGGCACGAGUCAAGUGGCGGCCCGAGAGGAAGUUUCAUUUGGCCACUUGUUCAAUGAUGGUGGACCACAACAUCUAUGUGUGGGAUGUUCGCAGACCUUUCAUUCCCUUCGCCACCUUUGAAGAACACAAAGACGUCACCACAGGUAUUGUGUGGCGCCACCAGCACGAUCCUCAUUUUCUGCUUUCCGGGUCAAAGGACAGCACACUUUACCAACACAGGUUUAAGGACGCUACUCGGCCUGUGGACAAGGCCAACCCUGAGGGUCUGUGCUUUGGACUUUUUGGGGACUUGGCCUUUGCAGCCAAGGAGAGUCUGAUCAGUAGUGACGCUAAAAUAAAGCCAUAUGCUGGAGGCGACCGCCGCUACCCCAUCUUUUUCUUCAAGAAGCCUGACCUGACAGAACAAUUCGCCCAUGUGUCCAGUGCCCUUAGUGUCUUUGAGACAGACUUGGAUAGUAACCGCAUGGACUGGUUUGUCAAGACAGCACAACUCUACCUCCUCAGUGGGAAGCCAUUUGCAGAGCUGUGUGAUCACAACGCCAAGGUGGCCCAGGAUCUCAAAAGACCUCAGGUAUCCACUACAUGGACCAUGUUGCGAAUCAUGUUCUCUGACCCAGCGAAUGUCACAACACCUGGUCCAAACCACAACCUCAGUAAACUUGGCACUUUGCCUCUGAUGAACAGUUUCAGUAUGAAAGAAAUAGGUUCAGGAAUGGGCUCCGAGAGAGGACUGGAGCGCAGUAAAGGUGAGAGCAGGCAGGACAACAUCCACCUGGAGCCUGGCAACUCGCACAUCAGCAACAACAAUGAAGAAAAUGAGGAGACGGAGGGCAGUGAGGGACAGGCUGACUACAUGUUUGGUGAUGCAGAGUUAGAUGACGAUGACCUCUAUUCCAUGGAGCACGAUAACCAAACAGAGGAGCAGGAGUACACCCUCCCACAGGAGGCUUUUCAGCUGCGACAUGAGAUCAUGGAUAACCCAUCUGCUCCCGAACACCUUCAGCAGGACAAGGCUGACUCCCCGCAUGUCAGCGGCAACGAGGCAGAAGUCACCUGUCUGACACCCAUCGAGUCCUUCUCACUCAUCUCCAUUUCACAGCCGCUGUUCAACCCCCAUCUGCCCGCCAGCUUCUUUUGCCCCAUCGUGCGGGAGAUGCUGAGCUACUACGCCGAGCAGGGCGAUGUGCAGAUGGCCGUGUCUGUACUUAUUGUCUUGGGAGACCGGAUUCGGAAAGAGAUUGAUGACCUCACCCAGGAGCACUGGUACAUGUCCUACAUAGACCUGCUGCAGCGGUUCGAGCUGUGGAAUGUGUCCAAUGAGGUCAUCAAGCUGAGUACAUGUAGUGCCAUCACCUGUCUGAACCAGGCCUCUACCACACUGCACAUCAACUGCAGCAACUGCAAACGGCCCAUGAGCAACAAGGGCUGGAUCUGUGACAGAUGCCAUCAGUGUGCGAGUGUGUGCGCCGUGUGCCAUCAUGUGGUGAAGGGACUGUUUGUGUGGUGUCAGGGCUGCAGCCACGGUGGACACUUAGAGCACAUAAUGAACUGGCUCAAGAGCAGCGCCCACUGUCCCGCCGGCUGUGGUCAUCUGUGUGAGUACACCUGAGCCAUCCCAACUAACGUCCUAACAUUCACCCUGAGGGGCAGGGGGUGGCACAUAUACAUGACAGACAGACUCGAUGUCUCCAUACGUCAACGUGGGCCUGCAGGACUGUGGCUGUGGAAGGGACUGAAUGAUGAGGUGAAGGUCGACUGAGUCUAAAGGAGGAAGAGAUUAAAACGUCUUCUCCUGGACAGACGUCCAAAAGCAACACGACUUAACACCCGCUGCCUUUUUACAGCUGUACAGAAUCCUCUGCUUUUCUUAAGUAUAUUAUUAAUGUUUGUACAUAAGGGUUAAAACCUAUUUUUGAAGGAGUGUAGAUAAUGUUUAAUUAAUUUAUAUGUGAUAUAGUUCUCUACAGAAUUAAUUCAUUAAAGCAAUACAAACUGAAUUAA